AUGCUGCAGCUGGGAGCUUUGCCUCAUGGAGCUGGUGGUGACCUACUUUUCCCAUUGCUGGAGGAGGGUAGAGGAAAGCAGGUAGCACUCCAGCCUGGGAGUGCCCUGGUGUGGCCCACCACUGACCGCGACGGCCAGCCAGAGAAGCGGGCCGCGCGAAAGGCUCUGCAGCUUCAAACUGCCGCGACGAAGUAUGUGGCCAUGUUAAGGAAAGGCAACACGCAGAAUCGUGUGACGUAUGCUUUGCGUGACACAUUGGAGGUCGGACUUGGCUGCGCACUGGACCUGCGCCGGGUGAGCUCGGGGGUGUUCCCGGAUGAGGAGGCUUACAUCGGCCAGAACUUCGAAGACAAGGCCCUCGAGAAGCCGGUGAAGGCGCAAGGCUACGAGGAUGUCGUCCGGCACCUCCCGAAGCUGGACGUCGCCCUGAAAGAUUCGCCAUCUGCAACGCUGGAAGAUCUCUAUUCAGCACUUGCUUGCUGCAGCCGUUGUGAUGAGCCCUGCCGCUUUGAGGGAGUGGGGCCUCCUCCGUCCAGGGUCUACUGCAGCACUUCAUGCACAAUGGACUUUCUCGAUUGCUUCCAAGAGGCGCUCCGAAACAUGAGCACCUGCAAAACCGAGCGGCGCAGCGACACCCACAGCUUGUACAGGUGGGUAUAG